CCGACCGCCGGAGCGACAACACUUAUACGUGAUAACCGCGAGUGCAACGCCACGCGACCCGCAUGUGCUCUAGUGAUUCUUAGUGCUCUGAAGUGGAUACUCGAAACGGAACCGCUGGGCCGAUCGGCCCCGGCGGUAUGGAAUCACCGCAAAUGUACGACGCAGCCGCGGCGCCGCCGCCGCCGCCGCAACCAGACCUCAAGAAAGCGAACGAUGACAAGCGCACCCCUUUCCCGCCUCCAGACCUGGACGAGCUCAAUGGCCAGGAGAUCAGCCUGGACCUGCAGCACCUCAUCGAGGACCAGUUCCGAGGCGAGGAAACGAUGGCUCUGUUCCAGGAAAUUUUGCCAGGAGGACGAUCCCCGCAACAGAGGCCGUUCGCGCGCACCACCCUAGCGUAUAUGCCGCAGCCGGUGCACUCUGGCGCAUCGUACGCGGCCCCAGUGCAGCCCAAUUCACACGAACAAGCUCCACCGAUUAAAGAGGAGCCCCCGGAGCCGCAUGACUUCAGACGAUCGGUGACUUGUGCGCAAUAUACAGGACAGUAUAACCCACAACCACCUGUCGGUGUCAGCGGCCCGUACGGGGGAGGUUUCACUCCAUUACCACCCUUGGGUGCACCACUCUUACCACCCCUGUUAAAACACAAGCCAGCGCCACCCAGACGCUCGUCGUCAGGGAAGGUGAUAGACAAAGGCACGGAUGAGUACAGAAGGCGAAGGGAACGCAACAACAUAGCAGUGCGAAAAUCGCGCGAAAAAGCAAAAGUGCGAUCCAGGGAGGUGGAGGAAAAAGUGAAAACGUUGUUGCGGGAAAAAGAGGCUUUACUGAAGCGGCUCGAAGCCGUGACCGGCGAGCUGAGCUUGCACAAGCAGAUGUACGUCCAUCUGAUAAACUUAAACCAUCCAGAGAUCACGGAACUGUGCCGGUCGAUGUUGCAGCUAGGAGCGCCGCAUGCGCCCGAUCACACACUCUGACCAUAGAUCGAGCAUCGGCUGGACAUCGAGUGAUAUCGUGCAUUAUGUAUAAACCUGUAGUUAGGUUAUAGUUAGCAAAUUCAUUUUGUGAUUUUAACUUUAUGUUUGACUGCAUUUUGUGGAAACGACCCUUGUAUUUUUGUGACU